AUGGACAUCUUGGAUAAGCAACCCAUCAGAAUGUUUACCCUCCACUGCAUUCCCCCCAAGGACCCCCCUCCUGGAACACCCGAGCCAUGUAUAUGGCAAUGUCACAACUGCGGGCAGGACUACAGGAUCUCCGUCACAAGCCGCUGUAUCAAGUGUCCUUCAUACAAAAGUAGCCCCCCUUACAAGUACUUGUCAGGCAAAAGCUCAGACGGCGGACCUACCAGACCAUAUCAAAAGUCUCCCCUCUCACGCAACCAUAGUACAGAUAGCAGAUCUACUACAGAGGCUGAAACGUCUCCCACAAGACGUAAAUACUCAAAACGUCCAUCCAUAACGCUUUCUAACUACGACUACGAGUUCUGGAAUCAAUACAAUGACUGGAAGCGCUUUCGCUCAGAGUAUGAAGCGAGACCUGAGAGGUGGGAGAGCCGCAUCAAGCGCAGCUUCGACGGCUUGGAUAGCGCACAGCGUCGAGCGAAGCGAUACAAAUUCGAAGUCGAAGCACGCACUCAUCUUACGGUGGAAAGACUGGUGCGCAUGCUUGAGAGGAAGCAAAAUUGCGAAGUAGACUGCAACUUUCCCGGCCAGUGCCACACAGAGCGCUAUGAAGCAUUAAGGAAGAGACCCCCGAAGGCCACAGGAGGCACGCUCCACUCCACAUACUAUGGCGAUGAUGAAGAAGAAAAAACAGGUAAGCUGCCCCUUUGUGAGCUUUUACCGCAGUUCGAUCAGGAGAUGACAAGUCCUGAAGACAUUGAUGAGGAUGAGGAUGAGAUAUUUGCGGCAUACCGGAGGGAUGUUGAUGCUUGGUAUGCAUCAACUCUGGCGAAGUCGAGAUAA